CGCGGUCGGUUCAGCACCAUCCACCCUAUAUACAUACUAUACUAUAUAGAGCACAGUAAAGCCCUCCUGAAAAUACGUAAUAACCAACUGGAUUAAACGACAUAUUGAUAUCUUUGAAGGACGCCUUUCCGCCGGCAAAACGGUUCCCGAUAAAAACUCUUUUCCCCAAAAAGAACUUCAGUGUCCUUCAAGGGUUAACUACUUCAAGAUCCUUCAGUGCAAACCCCACCUGUGUGUGUUCUUAACCGAAAACUAACUCCUUUUUUCGGCCUAUUACCUCUCAGAUUGAGUGUGUAAUUUGCGGAGGAAUCUUAAACUUUUCCCGACAUCCUUUGUGAUUCCUCCACAUCCUUGUUAAGAACUUUUGAGCCAACUUCCUGCAAAGUGUUUAGACGCUCGAGAAAACUUUCGCACCUUUGUCUUACGUGAGUUCGUGCUGUGAAAAUUGCAGAAAAGUUCAACUCAAACGUAGCUCAGAGCUAAAAACCUAAUAAAAACAAAAGCGGCAAAGGAUUUUCUUCUGUGACACGCUUGAAGUAUUGCUGCCAAAAUUUUCACGGACGGAAAUAAGCUCGGUCCUGCAGCCGCGGGCAGAGGAAUGUUUUGCUACCAAUGUCCACCCGCCCUGCAUCCCUGCGGCCCCCACCCUCCGCGCCUGCCAACUCUCGACUAUCCCUUCGCCGCCACCCACCCAUACACCAGCUACUCGUAUCAUCCUGCCAUCCACGAUGAGACCUUCGUCCGGCGGAAGCAGCGGCGGAAUCGCACCACCUUCACAUUGCAACAGCUGGAGGAGCUGGAGACGGCCUUUGCCCAAACUCACUAUCCGGAUGUGUUUACUCGCGAGGAUCUGGCCAUGAAAAUCAACCUGACCGAGGCACGGGUUCAGGUCUGGUUCCAGAAUCGCAGGGCAAAAUGGCGCAAGGCGGAGCGACUCAAGGAUGAGCAGCGAAAGCGGGAAAAUGGCGAGAGCAGCAGCUCACUGGAUAAGCUCCACGACUCUCGCGAAUCCUCGCCAGACAUAACCGGCGAAAUAGACGACGACAUGGAUGAACUACCGCCUCGCCAGCGUUCGCACAGCCCGCUGACCAACGGGCAGAUGGAGCAGCAGCACUCCCACUCCCUUUCCCAUUCGCACUCCCAUUCCCGCAGUCCCGGCGGUGGAAUGCACCUGGACUCCAGCGACAACGAGCGCCCGUUGUCCUCCAAUCAGCUGGCCACCACCCCGCACUCCGCCUCCCAGUCGCUGGGCUCCAUCAGUGCCGGAUCGCCCUCCCCCUCGGGAAUGCACAGGGAUCACAGGGAGCACACGCCCCUGGUCGGCGGCGGGGGUCAGGGGCCGAGCAGCCCCUCCAACUCGCGCAACACCGACUCCCCCAUCGAGGUGGGCGGGCCCAUGUCCUUGACCACGGGCUCCAGGAUGCCGGCCUCCUCCAACAACUCGGCCUCGUCCACGCCCACGCCCACCACCCCGCACGCCCCCCAGUUGCCACACUCCUCGGCGGCUGCGGCGGCCGCUUUUGGAAGCCACAUCUUCGGGAACUUCGGAGGCGGCAGCAACGCCAGCGAUAGCAACUGUGGCUUUCGCCCGGUCUUGAGUGAACAAAGCGCCGUGGCAGCAGCGGCGGCGGCAGCGGCGGCCCAGCGGAGCGCCAACCACCCACCGCUCUUCUUGCCACCCCACCUGGCCGCCCAGUUCAGCCACCAGCCGCUCUUCCCGGGACUCAAAGGUGUUUCGCCCUUCCAGAGCCUGUGCUCCUGCUGCUCCCUGAAACCGCCGCCGCCGCCCGGCUCCUCGGUGGUGGCGCCACUGAGCAUUCCCGUGAGCAGCAGUUCGGCGGCCAGUUCGCCGGAGUCGCCCAAAUCCUCCGGCCAGGGAUGUGGCCACGAUCCGCGGUCCAAUUCGGUGGCCGAGCUGCGGCGCAAGGCGCAGGAGCAUUCGGCGGCGCUUCUGCAAUCGUUGCAUGCGGCAGCCGCUGCAGGAUUGGCUUUUCCGGGACUCCACCUGCCACCCCUCUCCUUCGCCCAUCAUCCGGCCUUGGGGCAGCAUGUGGUCAAUCAUAACAACAACAACACGAUGAGGAUGAAGCACGAGGCGCAGGACAUGACCAUGAAUGGCUUGGGCCCAGGCUCAGGAUCAGGAUCGGGAUCGGGAUCCGGUGGAGGCGUCUCGAUGGGAGGCGGUUCGUCGGCGGCUCUUUUGGAUCUGGCCGAAUCGGCAGUGGCAUAUCAACAGCAACAUGCUACAUUAUCGCCACCGACCACGCCCACCCAGCCGGCCGCAGGGGGCGUGGCAGCUGGCGAAGGCUCUCCAGGAUCAGGAGGAAUCACAGGAGGCAGUUCCUUAAAUGGAAAUGCGGUGCUAACCAAAAUGGAAUAAACAUAGUAUGAAGCAAAAAAAAAGCAAAGAAGAUUGUGCAAUUUAAAUUUCUUAAAAAGGGUUUACAAGGGUAUUUAGUUUCUUAGAUUUUUAAACUUGUAAAAAAACUUAAGACAAGCCUGCUCCCAUUAAAAUUUAUUUAGAAAUCCAAAUUUAAAUUGAUUAAAAUCUGCCUAAUUAAAUACCCUACACGGCCUAUUUGAAACAAUAAAAAAUGGAAAAGUUUAAAAGUUAAAUAGUAGUCUACGCGCUAUUUAAACUUUAAUUUAAUCAAGUAAAAAAUAUAUAAACACAAAAAAAUGAAGAAAAAAAUACCAAAAAAACAAAAACACUGCAGCACUUUAAUUAAAAAAUAUAUAUUAGAAAUAUAAUUAGCUAGUUAGCUGUUGUUGGAUUUGGCAUAUAAGACGAGAGAAGAUAACCCCGAGUAAGCCGAACAUAAUCAGCAGCAGCCGAAGACAAUUCCGAUGAUUAACAAUAUCAAUUAACACGCAAACGCAUAUGAACUAUAUAUACAAAAAAUAAUACAAUAUAUAUACAUAUUUAUAAACACCUACCAUACAUAUAGAGUUAGCUAACAAAUCGGAAAUAUAUAGCCUAGCCUAAUCACACUGAAUCGGACACUAAUUACUGUAAGCGCCAAACCAAUAUUAAUUAAAAUUAAACGAGUUAAUAAAGAAAACAAUAAAGAUGAUCACAUUAGGAUAACAAAA